CAGCCCUCCCCUGUGUAGAGCGAGUUAUGAAAGUUGUGAGUUGAGAGUUAUAUCACUGCAGCCGCAGCAGCAGCAGCGCAGCCGGACAGCACAGCGCGCAGACUUUCAGAGGUAACAUGUUGGGGUCUGUGGUGGUGGGCCUGGGCAUUGCCGGGGGGGUGCGGAUUCGAGACCUGCUGGCUCCUCUGCCUUCCAGCGCCGCGGAGAAGUUUACAGUUAAGGGAUUUGUGUCCAGGAGGACAAUGGAGGACCAGCAGGGAGUCCAGCAGAUCCCUCUAGAAGAGGCUCUAAGCAGGGAUGACAUUAAUGUGGCCUUUGUUUGCACUGAAAACACCAGCCAUGAAGAGCAUAUCAGGCAGUUUCUGGAGGCAGGGAAGCACGUAUGCGUGGAGUACCCAAUGACCACCAACUACAGCUCUGCAGCUGCUCUGUGGGAGCUCGCCCAGCAGAAGGGUUUGGUUCUGCAUGAGGAACAUAUAGAGCUCUUCACUCCUGACUUCAAGCAGCUGAAGAAGGACAUAGCUGGGAAACAGCUGGAAGAGGGACGCCUGCAUUUCACUGGAGGUCCCUUAAAGCCCGGCUUCGGGUUCCCUGCCUUCAGUGGGAUCUCCCGGUUAACCUGGCUGGUGGAUCUGUUUGGUGAACUGUCUGUUAAAGCAGCAACGCUGGAGGAGGACGAGGACAGAAAGUACUCCAAGAUGACGGCUCACUUCCUAACCAAGGAUCAGAAACCCCUCAGCUGGAUCGAGGAGCGGGGUCCCGGCAUGGGCAGAACCAAACGCAUCAACCUGCGCUUCGACUCCUGCACCCUGACGGAGCUUCCCGCCGGGCAGAGGGAGGCUGUGGGUCUGUUCAUGCAGGACAUGGUGCUGUUCGGCCGCAAGCUGCAGGGAGACGUGCCCCCGGAGGAGCUGCAGGCGGAGCAGCGCCGAAUCCUGCACUGCCUGCAGCUCGCCGAGAACAUCCGGCAGCUCUGCCAGAGCACUGCGGCCUGAGACACACACACACACUCCACAGCACACACACACACACACCGGGCUGCGUGGUGACAAGAUAAAACGCACAAAACCGCUUGCCUAAAACACUCUACAUGCAUCUGCAUCAGGUCUGCAGCAGCAAAAAAGGAACAUUUUUUUUUUUACUGUAAAAGUAACUUUCCACUUACUCCCAAAUAAAUACAUUCAAAAAUAAAAAAAAAUAACUAUUGCAAUUUUAAUACUUCUCAUAAAAUUCUAAAGCAGCAGUGACAAUAAUGCAUGUACUGGAAACUACUUUUCAUACUAGUGCAUCUAAAAAAAUUAGAGUAUCAUUAAAAAGUUACUUUAUUUCAGUAAUUCAGUUCAAAAUAUGAAACUCAUAUACUAUAUAGAUGUAUUUAUUACACACAGAGUUAUCUAUUUUAGGCGUUUAUUUCUUUUAUUGUUGAUGAUUAUGGUUUACAGCCAAUAAAAACCCAAAAAUCAGUGUUUUAAAAAAAUUGGAAAUAAUAUAGGACCAAUUGGUAAAAUGAAAGUCCUGCUGGAAAAUGAAAUCUGCAUCUCAAAAAAAUAUAUAGUAUUAUAACCAAUUAGUCAACUACCAAAAUAAUCAUUAGUUGAAACCCUAGUAGAUGCACUCACUCAGACAUAUUGCCAUUACUAUUUGGCCAGGUUAUUUAUUUAACUUAUUUAUUAGUCUCAGAUUCGUGCACAUUUUUCCUGCUUCCAACAAAUCAACUUCAUCAACUGACUGUUCACUUGCUGCCUAAUAUUAUAAUUGUCCUUUUAAUAUCAUGGCUGAUUGCUGUUAAUUAAAGUAACUAUCAUGCAUCCCUUGUAAAAACAAACAAACGUUGGUUUUCAGACAUGUUUUGGCUGAUUUUUGCAGUAUUUGGGGAAAGAUGGAAAGUUAUUUAAAUUAGAUUCAUGUUCACUGGAACACACUACUCCAUGCAAUACUCCCGUUUUAGGUGCAGCUGUUAUCUGUAAUGCGACGUGAAUGCUUGAAAUGUUGUUUAUACUUGAAGAGUUUAAAGUUAUCGUGCUUCGUUGUUUUGUGUAGUGUAGAAAUUGUUGUGUGAAUUGUUUCAUUGUUAUAAAGGGAAAAGACUUUAUAUUAUAAGAAGUGCUGGCUGGCAGAACUACCCCGUUGUUUGAGUAUGGGGUGAAAAGAACUUAUCUAAUGUUAUUUCCAUCUAGAAAAUUGUAUUAUAAUUACUGGAAAUUACUGGGACUGGGAACCAAUCUAAAUUUUUAAGAUUAAGAUUUUUCUUUCAUUGCUGCAAUGAAAUCUCUGUUUGAAAGUACAGUUCAAAAUGUAAAACUCAUAUAUUAUUAUAUAGAUGUAUUACAUACAGAGUGAUCUAUUUUAAGCAUUUAUCUCUUUUAUUGUUGAUGAUUGAUUAUGGCUUACAGCCAAUAAAAAACACAAAAAUCAGUGUUUCAGAAAAUUAGACAAUAAUAUAAGACCAAUGGGUACUUUUGGCAGCAGUGUGGGCAGUGUGCCAAGUCCUGCUGGAAAAUGAAAUCCUCUCCAAACCAUUAUUAAAAAUUAAUCAUUAAAUUUUGCUUUUAAUUUGGAAAUUAAUGGACCAAUUGAGUCUGGAGGAAGAGUGGAGAGAGACACAGUCCAAGCUGCUUGAGGUCUAGUGUGAAGUUUCCACCAAUCAGUGAUGGUUUGGAGAGACAUGUCUGAUAUCUGCUGGUGUUGAUCCACUGUGUUUUAUUAUCAAGUCCAAAGUCAGUGCAGUUUUGUUUUCAUUUCAUUUUCCAGCAGGACUUGGCACACUGCCCACAUUACUGCCAAAAGUACCAAUUGGUCUUAUAUAAUAUUGUAAUUUUCUAAGACACUAAUUUUAGGGUUUUUAUUGGCUUUAAGCCAUAAUGAAUUAUCAACAAUAAAAGAAAAAAAGGCUUAAAAUAGAUCACUCUGUAUGUAAUACAUCUAUAUAAUAUAUUAAUUUUGAACUAAAAUACCUUUUCAAUGAUGUUACAUUUUGAAGAUGCACUAGUACAGGUCAGGAACAUCCCAGUUCCCAGAACAUCAACACACAGCAGCUGAGAACUAAUAAUCAUAGUAUUAUCUUUAGUGUCAGUAUUGUAACACCUUAAACAUAAACUUUAAUCAUUUGUUGGAUGAGUUGGACUGCGCUGAUUUUGUGCCUUAUUAAUCUAAUUAAUCUUUGCAUGCUUAUUCAUCUGCUGAUGCUUCUCCUCCCUCCAGAUAGAUCAGUUAUGUGUAGGUUUGUGGGAACAUUUCUUCCCCUAUUUUAGGAAAUGUAUUUACUGCAGCUGUAGAAAGUUACAAGAGGAACUAUCAGGUCACCAGGCCCAGUUGUAGGAACACAGUGAACACUAGGGGUGGGAUAAAAUAUCGGUAUUGUGUUAUAUCGUAUCGUUUUCAUUUGAGAAACAUUACCAAUGCAUGGCAUCAUGUUUUUUAAGCUAUUUGCUAAUGUUGCUAAUAGAGAUUAUUUUGUUUUUCUUUCUGUUUCUAUUGUUACAUUUUCGUUACAUUGUCAUUCAUAUCUGUUGCUCUCCAUAUAUAAAGAGUGCCCCUGAAAUGGACUGUGUGUGUCUCACCCUGUGGUAAAUGUCCUUAUUGACUGUGCAGGAAACUGUAAUCUCUGUUUUGAUAGUCUAAACAGCAUGAAAUCACAUGAAAUCUGAUUUUUGGUGUUUUAUAGGUUAAAUCCAGAUCGGUUUUGAUAGUCUGAACAGCAUGGAACCACAUAAAAUCUGAUGUUUGGAACGACUAGACUGUAUUCAGAUUGAUUUUUGAUAGUGUGAACAACUUGAAACCACAUGGAAUCUGAGUUUUUUUUUUUUUUUUUUUAAAUGGGUUGUAUCCAUAUUGAGUUCUGAUAAUCUGAGCUUGAAACCACAUGAAAUCUGAUUUCUGGAAUAUUGAGAUUGUAUCCAGAUUUAUGAGUUAUGAUAGUUUGUACAGCCCAAAAUCACAUGAAAUUAGUAUUAGAUAUUUUGUGGUUUAUGGGUUAUAGCCAGACUGGUUUUGAUAGUCUGAACAGCCUGAAGCCACAUAAAAUCGGAUUUUUGGAAUGACUAGACUGUAUUCAGAUUGACUUUUGAUAUUCCAAACAGCUUGAAACCACAUGGAAUCUGAUUUUUUUAAUGGGUUGUAUCCACUUUGAUUUAUGAUAAUGUGAACAGCCUUAAAACCAAAUACAAUCUGAUUUUUGGAACAACUAGAUUGUCUCCAGAUUGUUUUUGAUAGUCUGAACAGCUCAACACCACGUGAAAUCAGAUUUUUGGUGUUUUAUGGGUUACAUCCAGAUUGUUUGUGAUAGUCUGACCAGCAUAAAACUAAAUAAAACCUGAUUUCUGUAAGAUCUA